AUGGGUGCCGAGGCUGCCGUCCAGCUCCCCGCCGUGGUCCUCGUGCCAUUCCCGGCUCAAGGCCAUGUCACGCCCAUGCUGCACCUGGCGCGCGCCCUCGCCGCGCACGGCGUCGCGGCCACGGUCGCCGUGCCGGACUUCAUCCACCGGCGCAUCGCGGGGACGAAGACCGACGCCGACGUCAGCGACGGCGUGGCUCUGGCUUCCAUCCCCAGUGGCGUCACGGACGUCGACGGUGGCGACCCGCCGGGGUUCGCCGACUUCGGGCACGCCAUGGAGCACCACAUGCCGGGUCACCUAGAGCGCCUGCUGACGCGGGCGCACGCCGCCACGGGCUGCCGCGUCGCCUGCGUCGUGGUCGACGUGCUGGCGUCAUGGGCCGUUCCCGUGGCCGAGCGGUGCGGCGUGCCGGCGGCGGGGUUCUGGCCCGCGAUGCUCGCGAGCUACCGCGUUGUAGCCGCCAUCCCGGAGCUAAUGGAGAAGGGGCUCAUCUCGGAAUCUGGCACGCCUCGAUCAUCCCCAAAUCAGUUCGACGACGAUGGGUUCGGCCAGGACCAGAUGAUCCGAGCCCUCAAGAUCCUGCCGGCACAGGUCGAGCUGAAGGACGAAGAGUUGCCAUGGCUCGUGGGCGACUCGGCCACCCAGAAAUCGAGGUUCGCGUUCUGGCUCCGGGCCCUGCAGCGCGCGAGGAGCUUCCGUUCGGUCCUCGUCAACUCCUUCCCAGGCGAAGCCGGCGCCGCCGCCGCCACCGACGAUGACAAUGACAAUGACGGCCACCCAGCGCGUCAGAGCCCGCGGGUCCUCCCUGUUGGGCCGUUGCUAGCGGGCGGCGGGGUCAGCACCGUCAUCGAGAUCAUGAAAGGCGACGUCGCCGUGGCGCCGUGCAAGCAGCCCAGCAUGUGGCAGGCAGACUCGACGUGCGUCGGCUGGCUGGACAGGCAACGUGCGGGGUCAGUGGUGUAUGUCUCGUUCGGCAGCUGGGUCGGGCCGAUCGGGCAGGACAAGAUCCGGGAGCUCGCGCUGGGGCUGGAGGCCACGGGGCGGCCGUUCCUGUGGGCGCUCAAGAAGGACCCGUCGUGGCGCGCCGGGCUCCCCGACGGCUACGCCGAGAGGGUCGCCGUCGCCGGCCGCGGCAAGGUGGUGGACUGGGCGCCGCAGGAGGACGUGCUCGCGCACGGCUCCGUCGGCUGCUACCUCACGCACUGCGGCUGGAACUCCACCGUGGAGGCCAUACGGCACGGGGUGCGCCUCCUGUGCUGCCCUGUCGCCGGGGACCAGUUCAUCAACUGCGCGUACAUUGCCGGCGUGUGGGAGAUCGGGAUCAAGCUCGGCUGCAUGAGCAGAGACCAGGUGAGGGAGUGCAUCGACAGGAUCAUGGAUGGAAAAGAGGGGAGGCAUUUGCAGGAGAAGAUGAACGUGCUGAGGAAGAAAGUUGUGACGGCUGAGUACAGGAGUUUGGCACAGAGGAACGUCAAGUCCUUCGUCAACGAGAUCAACAAGGAUUACUCGUUGUUAACGCAGAUGUACAGCAUAUUGUAGCGAUCGAUUGUUCUUAGGUUAUGUCUAAACUAUCUUUUGGAAUCGGCUAGUUUAAGUUGCCUGGGUAGUUUUCUUCUUAACAUUUCA